AUGAGGACUGCAAAACUAUCUGAUGGCUAUUCAGUGUCAUCAAGCGAAGAUGAUUUUGAUGAAGAUCUAAUUAAAAAGAAGCACAUUAUGUUUACGAGUGAAGAUGAUGAAAAAUUGAAAAAUAUUGUUGAAGAAUAUUAUCUGAACGAUUUGAAAAAGAUUAACUGGACUUUUGUGUCAUCAUUGAUGUCAAACAAGAACAGACGUCAAUGCAAAGACAGAUACAUCAAUUAUCUUCGUGAUGGAUUAAACUAUGGCAAAUUUACUAAAGAAGAAAACUAUCUUCUUCUUUGCAAAGUUGAAGAGUUUGGCAAUAAAUGGAAAAUGAUUGCUAAGUUUUUUAAAAACCGAACUGACGUCAUGAUUAAAGCCCAAUAUCGUAAGCUGAUGCGCCGCCAUGCCACUAUAGAUAAUGUCAUAUUUAUUAAUGUAGAUACUCACCGAAGAGCAAAAUACCAACGAAAACAUUUUAAAGAAAAUAAAAGUCAGCAAAAAACUGAAAUCCCCAAUAAGAAUGAUGAAAUUCUAAAUGAACUGGAGUUUGAUGAUGAGUUUCUUAUCGAUAAAUACUUCCAAGAUCCAAAAAUAGAAGAAUUUUCAAUCUUCUAA